AUGGGAAUCGAUAACUGUACAAUCCAGAUAGAAACACAAUCAGCUGAUGGCGAUGAAAACGAUCGACAAUCUUUACAUGAAGUUGAUGAUACAGAAAAUGAGGAUGGUACCUAUGUGGAUGAUAAUAAUAACAUCGAUAUUGAUGAUGUCAAUGAGGAAUUGAAUGAAGAAAAUUGUACAAGUGAGAGUUCAUUUGGAACAGAAAAGGAAGCAGUUGAAAGAAUGGAGGAGUGCGAUCACAUCGAGACUGAAGAGGAUGGCGAUAAUGAUUUUGAGAAGGAAUCAGAAGGACUUGGAAAUGAAGCAAUUGAAUGCGACAGUGAUGAAAAUGAAGAUGAUGAGCAGUCACCGUCGACAGAUAAUGAAAUAAUUCAUUCGGAUAUGGAACGAGAAUUUAAUGGUGAUGAGCAGCAAUCACAACAAGGUUCGUAUGAAGACAUCCUUCUUGAACAUUACUUCAAACCUAUGCGUUCUUCGUUCGUCAUUGUCUCAUGUGUUUGUUAUUGCCUCGUUGCCAGAUUAAGUUCGACUCUUUUAGAGGUACAUUUUAAACGAAACCGAAUAAUUGUUCAGUUAACAUAA